AUGGCAGCAAGAAACGAAGUACCAGAAGAAUCUGUUGACGGUCCAUAUUACCUCGAGAAUGUUUUGAUUCCGGAAGAAUCCGAAGAUGAUUAUAAAUACGACGAAGUCUCUGUCGACGACGAUAUCAGCAUAACUGAGGGGGAGGAGGACUUAGAAACUACGGUAAAAUCAUUGCGGGCUCGAAUUGAAAACAACGAAUGCACAACACAGAGGGUUACUUCCGCCAGGCAACCAGUUCCUAAAAUCCCUGAGGUGGUGGACGACUUUCUUCGCAAUUACCUGGUUAAAAUGGGCAUGGCGAGAACAUUAGACUGCUUCCAAACCGAGUGGUUUGAGAUGCUACAGAAAGGCUCACUGAAAACUGGCCAAAUGGAGCUCGUCCCAGAUGUCUAUACACAAAACCAGCUCCUGGAAAACGAGCUGAAAAGUGUGAAAAUAGAACGAGACAGUUACAAACAAGCUGCAUAUGAAGCUGGAGAGACCAUAGUGAAACUUCAAAGAGAGAGGGACUUCCAUAGGAUGCAGCACAAGCGUGUUGUUCAAGAGAAGAACAGACUUGUUGAGGACAUACACAAGCUGAAGAAACACUAUGCAUCCUAUGAGCCAGCUCUCAGACAACUAAAUGAGAAGUAUCAGACAGCUCUGAGGAAUAAGAUGCUGGUUAGUCUGGAGAGAGACAGAGCUUUCAGCCAGGUUCAGAACCUAGACAGUUUUCAUAAUGCACAAUCUACCCUAGGAAACCGAACAACUCUCAGAGCUGCUAACCAUCCACAGGAAAGGAAGAAAAUCCAGACUAGUACAGAAAAAGGAACGCGCCUAUCAUGUGACAGCAUUGCAUCACAUGAUGCUAUGAAAGACCCCAACAAGAACACAAAACACCCUAAGGACUCCGAAUUCCCAGUCAGCACCCGUGUCAAUCACUACCUGCCACAAAUCAAAGCUCUUUCCUCCCACAACAUCAACUCAUCCAACUACUCUCUAUCCAACUACUCUCUAUCCAACUCUUUCAAAGCACACACUAUGGCAGUGAGCUGCCUUGCUCUCCAUCCCCAUAAGAUGAUUGUAGCCUCCUCAAGUGAUGACCAGCUUUGGAAAUUAUGGGGAAUACCAGAAGGAGAGAUGAUCAUGACUGUUGAGGGUCACACUGAUUGGCUAUCAGCUUGUAGUUUCCAUCCUAGUGGCGGUUACCUGGGUACAACGAGUGGAGACAGCACAGUUAAGAUUUGGGACUUUGCUCAGGGUCGAUGUGUGCUCAGCUUGGAAGGACACAUCCACGCCACCUGGAGCUGUUCGUUCCAUUCCUGCGGUGAUUUUUUGGCCUCUUGUUCUAUGGACAACACAGCCAAAGUAUGGGACUUAAACAGCGAGCGUUGCCGCUGCACUCUGCGGGGACAUGUCGACUCAGUGAACAGCAUUUCUUUCCUGCCCUUUUCAAACAUUCUACUCACCUGCUCUGCAGAUAAGACCCUGUCUCUCUGGGACGCCCGCGCUGGAUUGUGUGCACAGACUUUCUACGGACACAAUCAUUCAUGCAACUACGCAACUUUCAAUGUCACGGGGGACACAAUUGCUUCAUGUGACUCUUUCGGGGUCGUCAAAUUAUGGGAUGUGAGGAACGUAUCAGCUAUGGUGACCAUCGACACCGGGCCUCAUCCCAGCAAUCAAGUUGCCUUCAGUCCAAAUGGACAAAUGCUAGCAGUUGCAAGUAACGAUGGCUCAGUUAAACUAGUGGAAGUGGCAUCUUUAUAUUUGUCAAGCCUAUCGGGUCAUGAUGAUGCGGUUCAGAGUGUCAUUUUUGAACAUACAGGGUGCCUUAUAUCUGCAGGGUCUGACGGUGCAAUUCUCAUCUGGUCAUAAAAAUAAAUAUUUUUGAGAAAUGCAUUUCAAGUGAAAAUGU